GACGAACGGAGUAUUUUCUAAGCAUUUUUACCACUUCCAUUCAUGCAGAAGAUACCGCCGCAGCCGUAGCCGCAGCAGAGGCCGGAGUUCUCGAAAAAACCGCUCGCGGUCAAACUCAAAGUCAAGGUCCCCCACGCAUUCACAUUCAUUUUCCCGUUCGGUGUCCCGGUCUCGCUCGCCUCGGGCUCGAAGGCGGUCAAGAUAUUAACUCUUUCUGCGAAUAGAGGCAUUCAAUCUGUCUUGCUCUUGAAGUCACUAAGGUUUUUAAAGAGCAAGGUGUUAAUUUCUUGUAAUUUUCUGUUGUGAAUUGUAUUUUGAUGGGUGGUUAUUUAUUUUUAGGUUUAUUUCUUCGGAGAUCAGCCAUCCAGAAAGCUGAUUUAACGAAAUAUUGGUAUUGUUCAUGCGAAUGUUUUGCUUAAAGGAUGAGUAUUCGGUGGGAAGACCACGAAUAACAGCAUUCACCACAUCACGUUCAGGGAUCUCUUCUUUCAAGGCAUCGAGAUUCGAGAGAAUAGUUGCCACAUCAUCAAGGUAUUGUGUCAUAGUUUUGGUACCUUUACGAAGAGUGUGGAGUUUGUCCCGAAGCUGAUAAACAUGAGCGGUGGACACGGAGUUGUACUGUGCGGCCAAAGCAUCCCAGAGGGCAGCAGAUGUGGUGAAGCCGCGAGCAUGUUUGUGAACGGAGGGGCUGAUGACCGCUAGGAGGCAGGCGCGGAUCUGUGUGUCAACGAUGGUCCAGGAGGUAUACUCUGGAUUAGGGACGGUUUUAUCGUUUUUGGAGAUAGUUGGCGUCGGGGCUGCUUCAUGACCAUCAAUCCAUCCAAGGAGGAGAUUAGCUGAAAGAGCUGUCUGGACAUUGAGAGACCAUGCCGGAUAAUUUGUUUCGUUCGUUCACACUUUUCCCUUUCCCAAUCCUCCUCCAGAUUCUCAAUCCUUCUUCGACGCCAUGGUCGACGUCGACCGGAGGAUGACCGGCCUGAACCCGGCCCACCUUGCCGGCCUCCGCCGCCUCUCCGCCAGAGCCGCCGCCGCCCCUUCUUCCAGCCCUCUUCCUCCCCGCAACAGUCUCUUCUCCUUCACCCCUCUGGCCCAUAAAGUCAUCUUCCGCCUCCGGAGUUGCGGCGUGAAGGUGGAACCCGGUUUGUCCGAGGCCGAAUUCGCCCGGGCGGAGGCGGAAUUCGGCUUCACCUUCCCGCCUGACCUGAAAGCUGUCCUCGCCGCCGGCCUUCCUCUCUCCCCAGGCUUCCCUGACUGGCGCUCAUCCGGGUCGGCUCGGCUCCAGCUCCGCGCGUCGGUUGAUUUCCCCGUCGCCGCCGUGUCGUUCCACAUCGCCAGGAACGCUCUCUGGUCCAAGUCGUGGGGCCCACGCCCAUCUGACCCGGAAAAGGCGCUCAGAAUCGCGAGAAAUGCUCUGAAGAGAGCCCCGCUUCUGAUCCCCAUUUUCAGCCACUGCUACAUCCCCUGCCAUCUUUCCCUCGCCGGAAACCCCAUUUUCUACGUCGACGAGGACUCCCUCUCCUGUUGCGGUUUCGAUCUGUCGGACUUCUUCGAUCGCGAGUCGGCCCUCUUCUGCAUUUCGGACCCUAGAUCAACCGGUUCCUGGUCUAAUUCCUCCAGAAGGAGCUUCGCCGGCGGACGGCCGCCGCGAUGGGUGGAGUUCUGGAGCGACGCCGUCGUGGCCAAGCAGAGGCGGAAGUCCAAUUCCUCGGCGUCUUCUUCCUCCUCCCCUGAACGGUACAACCAUUCGGGAAGACCCGGAACCCCCAAAUGGGUCGAGGCUUACAUCGAGAAAAUCGGGUCGGUUCUGAGAGGAGGCGGGUGGAAAGAAUCCGACGUCUCGGAGAUCGUACACGUGUCCGCAUCCGGAUUUUUCGACGGCGAGAUGGUCUUGCUGGACCAUCAAGCGCUCCGGGACGCGCUUCUGGUAAAAGCGGAUCGGUUCUCGGGUUCGCUCCGGAAAGCCGGGUGGAGCCCCGAAGAAGUGUCGGACGCAUUCGGGUUCCACAUCCGGGUCGGGGGAGGAAAUCGGAGACCCGCUCCACAUUUGACCCCGGAGUUGGUUGAGAAAAUGGAGAAACUGGCUGAAUCGGUUUCCAGGUGGUCGUCGUAGAUGUCGGGAAGCUUCUUCCUCCGGGCUGAUUUUUAACCGACUACCGGAAGACACGGGAGAUUCUUGCCGUGGUCGCUGCCGGUUCCCGAAACAUCCGGUGGGCUUUUUGGAUAAAAUUAAGUUUUUAGAUCCCAUAAAAAAGGGAAAUGGAAAUAUAGGAAAAGGAGUUUCUUACUGUGGAAAAGUACACAAAUUAGCCGUGCGUCGGUAAUAAUUAGCGGUGCCUUUA